UCUAUCUGCCAAUUAAGUAUCUCGACUCCUUCCCUCUGACCCAUCUAACCCACCCGACCAAAAUGCCCUCUCCGGAUCCGCCGCUCAAGGAUUUGAUUAAGAACUUUUUCAAGAAUUUACAUCUGGGCGAAGUAUUCGCAGUUCGAUCGAGGCGCCCCGCAAAGAACGGACGUGCACAACGCAGCUUGACAACCAUCCACCAUGAACCUCGCGAUAACUUCAUCCCUGUAGAUAUCCCUAAUGAGAUUCCCGUUCCUUCACCCACUCUCCAUUCAAAUCCAUCACUGCUAGUGCACCCUGAUCCUCUGGCAAUUUCCUCCUCUACAUCCUCUCGGGGCAAUUCCUCUACCCGCCUCGGCAAAGCUUCUGACGUGGCUCAGACAUUUUUGCCCAUCGUCCAGGCCGUUACAGGUCCCAUUCCACUUGUCGGUGCUCCAAUCAAUGCUACUAUUAGUGGAUUAUUGGCAAUCCUUCAAGUCAUAGAUAGACGUAGUCAGAAUAGGGCGGACCUAGAUCGCCUGGCGUCACGACUCCAUCAACUAAGCUCACAUCUGUGCAACGCUCCGACCAGCCAGGAUCCCAUUGAACAAUACCGGAGGGAUUCCAUAAUUAGGAUGCUGCAAGACAUAUCGGCCCAAGUAACACAGUUGUACAAUCGUGGUCUUGCAUACACAUCUGUUGCGCAAGCUAUCAUCGGAUGCUCCAGCGAAAUCGACCGUUAUCUGGCGGAUUAUUCGGUUGUGUUCUACUCUCUCAAGAUUUUGUCAUCUCAAAUGCAAAUUCAACACGACAUUCACGAAAUGCGGAAAACUAUAGAGAGGCAGCAGGAAACCCUGAUCAGAUUUGAAAGCGUGUUCUUCCAUGGACAGUCUGUGGGACCGAAUGUCACGCUUGGCUGUGUGAAACUGGUAGAUGCAACAGACCACUUACAUGCAAUACCGAUGGACGUCUGUGACUCAUUUGAGCGAUUCAACGAGAUGCUCCAACUUCUAUUAAAACACGACUCGGUCGAGGCUCGAAUUCAGAGACGAUAUAUGGAGCAAGGACAGUAUGAUCUGUGCAUGGACGACGACAACCAAGUAACCCGACUUACGAGCCAUGAAUGGCCAAGAAUUACCGCAGGCAUGACGAUCGUCAUGAGGGUCGUCUUUGAACGGGAGACAUACACUAGAGUUGACUACAGUUGUCUCUUUUGCGGCGCUGUCAAUGACGUUGGCGCCGGGUCAAUUAUGCAUUCGAUUCAACGCCAGGCUGGUUGCUCGAUCGAUUGUCGAAAUUGCAAACGACGAUUUCAGAUCUCCCUCGGGAGCUCCAGUGCAAAGCGAAACACACAAUCCUACGACACCGACUCCGUUACCAGAACUGAAGAAGAAAUGGACCUGAUUCGCAACUUUCACGUCCAGGAGACGUUCCGACCUGUCAAUGAGGAAGCACGUGAUUUCAAUGCUGGUGGUGCUUCGACGACGGUUUAUUCUCAUAGGGCACACAAUGUUCUUGGCCAUGGCCCAAUAAUAUCCCGCCCACCAGGUCACGUUUCACCCUCACACGCAAAAUAUGGGUACAACCGCAUUGGGGAGAUCGAGGAAGACAGUAACGAUGAUGAAGACGAGGAUGGAGCGGAAGGCUUAGAUGAUGAAGAAUGGGAGGAUUGCGAGGACGGGAAGGAUUCUGAGGAGACAAAUCAUUAUGGCGAGCUUUAGAUAUGACAUGAUAUGGCUACCCCCUGUGCAACUGCAGACUCGGCUUCAUAUGCUUUCAUGUUUUUCUCCCUGUGUGCAUUGUGAAUAGAAUGUCAUUCAGGUGAACCCAG